ACUCUACCGAGGAGAACAAUUUACACAAGGACCUGCUGACUUCCAUGCUCAUUCUGCUCCUGGUCUUCAUCAUCUUCAUUCUGUUGGCCGGCUAUUUCUUCAGGUUCAGGAGGCACAGGAAAGCUGUGGUGAACUCCGGGGACAAAAAGAUGCCAAAUGGCAUCUUAGAAGAACAAGAACAGCAACGGGUCAUGCUGCUCAGCAGGUCUCCCUCGGGCCCCAAGAAGUAUUUCCCGAUCCCGGUGGAAAAUCUCGAAGAGGAGAUACGGAUGCGAUCGGCGGACGAAGGGAAACUCUUCCGGGAGGAGUUUAAC